UCUAUGUCUCCACAAGCUCUUGGCUUCAAGAUUUUGGUGAUAAUUUUACUCUCUCAACUGGAGAUCAUGGCUGCUGCUUCAACCAUGUUACAGUGAUAUGAUGCAGAAAAGCUCUUCACACAUUUUCUUCUUCUAAUUACUGAGAAACAUACAAUAUAAUGAAGAAUCCUAGGCGCCGUGCAAAUGAUGAUCAUGAUAAACAGCAGCCCAGUGAAACAAAGAGGCUUUUACUCGCCAUUGUUUUUGGAACCAUGUUUGGUUACCUGAUUGGGGCAUCUUCAUUUCCUGGGCUCUCAACAACACGGGUCAUCCCAGCUCCAACUUUGCAGCUAAAUGUUAAUGGAAGUGUGAAUGUGAAUUCCACCACUGAGUCUAGGGACAAGACACCAAAUCAAACUGCAGCCAUGGAUCCUAGAAAGAUUUGGGCUCCAUCAAAUCCCAGAGGGGCAGAGUUAUUACCUCCAAAACUUGUUGUUUCUGAGUCAGACUUCUUUCCCCGGCGAUUAUGGGGCUUACCCAGUGAGGAUCUGCCUUUUAGACCAAAGUAUUUGGUAACAUUCACUGUUGGUUAUAACCAGAAGAAUAACAUUGAUGCUGCUGUCAAAAAGUUUUCAGAGAAUUUUACCAUUCUUCUGUUUCACUAUGAUGGUCGAACCACCGAAUGGAACGAAUUCGAGUGGUCUAAACGGGCUAUCCAUGUCAGUGUUCCUAAGCAGACAAAAUGGUGGUUUGCGAAAAGGUUUCUGCAUCCUGACAUUGUUGCAGCAUAUGAAUAUAUAUUCAUGUGGGAUGAAGACCUGGGAGUUGAGAAUUUUAAUGCAGAGGAGUAUAUUAAGCUUGUGAAGAAACAUGGACUGGAAAUUUCACAGCCAGCUUUGGAGCCUAAGGAGGGGUAUUGGAUAAAUUGGGAGAUGACUAAGAGAAAAAGUGGCCAUGAAGUUCACAAAGUAACAGAGGAGAAACCAGGCUGGUGUAAUGACCCUCUUUUGCCUCCAUGUGCAGGAUUUGUGGAGGUCAUGGUUCCUGUCUUCUCCCGGGAUGCAUGGCGCUGCGCGUGGCGUAUGGUUCAGAAUGAUCUGGUUCAUGGUUGGGGUUUGGAUUUAAAAUUUCAGAGAUGUGUUGAGCCUGCACACGAGAAGAUUGGAGUGGUCGAUGCUCAGCCAGUUGUUCAUAAAAGGAUACCUACACUCAAGGAUGAUGAGAUAAAUGAAACACCAAAGAAUGGAGUGCCUCUCCAGGCAAGUAAUGAUUCCAUAUCAUCACAGAGAAGCGAGAUUCACAAAAGGGGUUUUCUAGAGUGGGCAAUGUUUGAGUAUAGGUUUGCAGAUGCAGAUGAAGCGUACUAUAAGUCAAUAGGCAGGGAUUCUCCCUUCCAAUCUCAAACCUCUUUAGAAAGUAGCGUAUAA